UCUAGAGGGCGCUGUUUUAAAUAAUCUUCCUGAUGCAAGCGUGGGGAUUUUGUCGUAAUCAGAAUUUCAUAAACGUUUCUCAUACACCGUUUUAUUAUUAUAAAUCGAGGCUUGAAAAGAAAUUGUAGGAAUAGGCUUACUGUAGAGUCCAAUAUUUUGGUGAGUUUGUAUCAAGCUAGUACUUGACUGUUUCUUAAUUCUACUUUCUCGGAGGAGGCUAGUUUCAUUCAACUCGGCAUUGUCGUAGUGUUGUUGACAACUCAUCUGUAUCUGGCAAUCAAUGAAUCAUGGCAGACAAUGGCACAAGUGAGCCCUCCGAACUUGAGAAGAAAAUCAUCAGGCAGAUUGAGUAUUACUUUGGAGAUGUCAACCUGAAACGGGAUCGUUUUCUGCAAGAGCAAGUCAAGGAAGACGAUGGGUGGGUUCCUCUGGAAAUAAUGGUCAAAUUUAACAGACUCAAGAUUCUCUCUGAGGACUUCAAUGUCAUCACCACGGCUCUGGAGAAGUCUACAGCCAACCUCAUGGAAAUCAGUGAAGACAAAAGCAAGAUUCGCCGUAGGACAACUAAGCCGCUUCCUCAAGACACAACAGAGUACAGAAAGAAUCUCAGAGAAAAGAGUGUAUACUGUAAAGGAUUUCCAUUGGAUACUAACAUCGGGCAGGUUGAAGAAUUUCUGGACAGGUUUGGAGAGACAGAACACAUCAACAUGAGGCGGGAUGGGGACAAGAAAUUUAAGGGCUCAGUAUUUGCCACAUUUAAAGACCAGGAGGCGGCUAAGAAGUUUCUGGAAGAGGAGGGCCUGAAGUACGGAGAGACCGAUGUCAUCAAAAUGACCAAAGAGGAGUAUUUCAUGAAGAAAACUGAUACAAGAAAACAAAAGAAAGAAGAGGAAAAACUGAAGAAACAACAGGCAAAAGAGAAGAAGGAGAGGGAAGCCAUAGAGGCGCAAAAGGCUGACUUUGGUGAUUAUGAGAAGGGCUGCAUUCUGUUCUUCAGUGGAGCUAACGACCAGACAUCCAGGGAAGACUUGAAAGAAUUAUUCUCCGAGUACGGAACAGUCAGCUGGAUAGAUUUUGGCAGAGGUCAAACAGAGGGUCACAUUCGCUUUGACAAAGACACCCCUGCGGCUGGCGUGCUUGAGAAGGCAAAAGCAGCCGACAGCAAACUGACAGUGAGGGGAUGUGAACUGGAGACCCGCGUGCUGGAAGGCGAGGAGGAAGAGGAACAUUGGGCCAAGAUACACGAGAACAUGUCCAUGGUUCGACUCAAGAAACAACAAGGUCGCAAGGGUAAAUAUAGCAAGGGCAGGCCAACCAAGACAAAAGGGCCUCGAGAUUCAUCAUCGGUGCAGUACCAAGGAAAGAAGACUGUCUUCAAGGAUGACAGUGAUGACGAGGGCGAGGAUGAUGAAGGGGAUGAGGCUGCUGCAUCAGGGGAUGAAGCAGAGCAACAAGAAGAAGUACCAGCAGAGAGUAAAGGUACAAAGCGCCCUCUGGAGGAACCAGAGGAUCAGGCUGAGGAAGCCCCUGCCAAACAGAUCAAGAUUGGAGAAGAGACAAGUUAGGACAAUUAUUAAAGGGACCUCGACUUUUCUGCCAAAAAGCACCAACAAAGUCCAAUUGUAUUUCGUUCUCCAUCAGUGAGCUUUUAUACUUCAACCCUGAGUGUAACAUCUUGGGAGAAGUUUGUGGAAAUGCAAUUUGUAACUUGUCUUUCCAUAUGAGAAAUGUGGUUCUGAAAAGAAUGAAAAGUGUUAAGCUGCUGAGAUCACACUAUGGAAUCUUUCAGGAACAGUUUCUCUUAGAAUUGGUGACUUCAAAUAAUGUUUUCACAGACCUCUCCUAGGUUGGAGUCUCUGUUAUACAAAGCCUUAAAUAGUCGUAGGUCAAAACGUUAUUGUAUAUUGGUUACGCAAUAGCCUGCUGCCGCGAGAGGGCGUAAUCACGACGAACCGCUAUCACCCACAAACUGCAUACAUUUGACAAAACAGAUGUGCUCACAUGACAUAUACCGCUACAAGAUUCCCAAGACGUUAUCGUGAUAGCGCGCUCUCGUGGCUGAAUUUUAUCAUGUAUCUGAUAUACAAUGACAUCGUGACCCAAGACUAAGCCUUCAGUCGUAGUGAUGAGUUGUUGAUCACCAGAUUUGGAAAUCCCCAAGUGCAGCUUUUCAUGAUUUUAUGCAAUUUUUCUAGGGCGUCACUGAUGGUGUAUUUGUUCAUUCAAACCUAAUUUCAAACAAUACACAGUGCUUGAAUGUUUUGGGCAGUCUACAGUAUGCUUUUUACUUAUUUUUAAAUCUGGAAAAGAAAAAAAACUAUCAAGCAAAGAGUUGUGACUGAAACAAUUACAAGUAGUGUAAUUUUGAUAUUUCUGUCUUUUAAGUCUAUGCUUUAAACAUUGAUUCAAGAUUUUUUUUUUAACCAAAAUUGAAAGAAGUUUUAGCUGAAGAAUUUCGUAGUCUGAGAGCUAAGUCGUUUCUUUUGCAGAAAAUCAUAGCAAAGUAGCAUAGUAUGAAUGUUAAGACUAUUACGGAUACUAAAAAUCCCAGAAACGUUGCCUAGGAAUGUUUUUUCUGUUCUCUAAAAAUAUGGCUCAGAAGUUGGAACAGGAUAGUUCUCAUCACAAAUUGGUUUUUUGUUUUAGGUGGCUUAUAAAAUGCUAAUCUGACAAGAAAACGAAAACAUCAUAGAGCUUAAUUUGAGGUCAAAAUUACAAGCAAUUAAAAAAAAUAAUUUUUUCCCCCAGAAAGUGUAAAUAGUUUUACCUUGGUUAUCAUGUAUCUGUGGGUUAUGAUUGAGAUUUUAAUGACUUUCAACUUUGUGUUGCAUCGUGCGAUUGGCCAUGAAAUGACAGAUGAUGCAAACCUUUGUGUUGUCCAUUCCUUUUAAGGUUUUUUAUGAAAGUUAAAACGCUCUUUUCCAUUUUUAAUAAAAACAAACCAGAAAUUUAA